GCGCAGCCUCACCUGACGCCCAGACGGAGAGAGCAGUUUUGCGUGAGUCUUGGAGGAAGUACAACUUUGACACUUCCGCCCCCGAGUCACCAUCGCUCCACUCGCUCGUCCUCCUCCGCGCGCGUCGUGCCCAGCGUCACCCAGCACCGGGUCAGCCAGCACCGGGUCAGCCAGCACCGGGUCAGCCAGCACCGGGUCAGCCAGCACCGGGUCAGCCAGCACCGGGUCAGCCAGCACCGGUUCCCCGGGUCACCCAUGAGGCUGGAGGCCGCGGCCAGGAUGGAUCUGUUCCGGAAGCUGUGGAGGGCGAGGAAUCUGAUUGUUGUGCUUUUCAUCCCGCUGUGUCUGCUGCCACUUCCGCUCCUGCACCCCACCAGUGAAGCGUGUUGUGCGUAUGUGCUGAUCGUCACAGCCGUCUACUGGGUGUCAGAAGCUGUUCCCUUGGGGGCCGCCGCCCUUGUGCCCGCCUUCCUCUACCCGCUCUUUGGGGUGCUCAAGUCAAGUGAGGUGGCGGCGGAGUACAGCAAAGACACCACCCUGCUGCUGAUGGGAGUCAUCUGUCUGGCUGCGUCCAUCGAGAAGUGGAACCUCCACAAGCGUGUGGCCCUGCGUAUGGUGAUGAUGGCGGGGGCCAAGCCUGGCAUGUUGGUGCUGGGCUUCAUGUGUUGCACCACCUUCCUGUCCAUGUGGCUCAGCAACACCUCCACCACGGCCAUGGUGAUGCCAAUAGCGGAGGCCGUGCUGCAGCAACUCAUUUGCACCGGCAUGGCGGACAACAUGGAGGACAACAUGGCGGACAACAUGGAGGAUGACAUGGAGGAUGACAGCGACAAAGAAGAAAACCUGGACAACAACCGACUGGAGCUGCACGACAGGAGUCAGGGCAGAGGAGCACAGAAAGUGAGAGGGGAGAGGCCUCUACUGGAAAGCAAUGACUGCAAGAAGAAACAUGAGCUGUCUGCACUUUGCCAGGUCGCCAGCGGCGAGGCCAAUGGAGCGACUCCAAACGCCACCCAGGAGGUCAUCAGGCACACCAACGGACAUUUGCCGCAGGUUGCCGUGGAAAUGCCAAACGUAAAGCGAGUGAAGGCCAGGCGGGACUCCCAGUACCCCACCAAGAGAGAUCACAUGAUCUGCAAAUGUCUGACGCUCAGCAUCACCUACGCUGCCACCAUUGGCGGCCUCAUCACCAUCACCGGCACCUCCACCAACCUGAUCUUCGCCGAGCAGUUCAACACCCAGCCGGGACAAAGACGUUACCCAGACGCCAAAGUCAUCAACUUUGGCACCUGGUUCAUCUUCAGUUUCCCCAUCGCCAUCAUCAUGCUGGUCCUCACCUGGCUGUGGCUUCACUUCCUCUUCCUGGGCUGCAACUUCCAGGAAACAUGCUCACUGAGUAAGAAAUGCAAAUCUAAGAGAGAGAUGAUGUCAGAGAAGAGAAUACAGGAGGAAUAUGAAAAACUGGGACCCAUCAGUUACCCAGAGGUGGUCACCGGGGUUUUCUUCAUCCUGAUGACUCUGCUGUGGUUCACAAGAGAGCCAGGAUUCGUUCCCGGCUGGACGUCUCUUUUUGAGAAAAAAGGUUACCGGACUGAUGCGACGGUGUCUGUCCUCCUGGGCUUCCUGCUCUUCCUCAUUCCUGCCAGGCGACCCUUCUCCUCGUCCUCCUCCAGCUCCAGAGACCCUGUUACAGUGUCGGAUCCACUGGCUCCCAUGAUCACCUGGAAGGACUUCCAGAGACUGAUGCCGUGGGAGAUCGUCAUCCUGGUGGGCGGAGGCUACGCCCUGGCUGCCGGCUGCAAGGUGUCAGGCUUGUCGGUGUGGAUCGGCCGACAGCUGGAGCCCAUGAGUGGACUCCCACCCUGGGCCGUCACCCUGCUGGCCUGCCUGCUGGUGUCGGCGGUCACCGAGUUUGCAUCCAACCCGGCCACCCUGACCGUCUUCUUGCCCAUCCUGUCUGCGCUGUCGGAGACCCUGCACAUCAACCCCCUCCACACUUUAAUCCCCUCCACUAUGUGCGUGUCAUUCGGGGUCAUGCUUCCAGUGGGGAACCCCCCUAACGCCAUCGUCUUCAGCUACGGACACCUGCAGAUCAGCGACAUGGUGAAAGCAGGAUUCGGGGUGAACCUGAUUGGUGUGGCGGUGGUGAUGUUGGCCAUCACCACGUGGGGGGUGCCACUCUUUAAUUUGACCGAGUUCCCAGCCUGGGCCGUGGCCGGCAACGUGACCAGCAGCUUAUAGCGCCCAUCCGCAGCGUUUCUACGGAAGGAAUGGAAGUAAUGUGAAGUGUAUUAGAAUGAUUAGUUUUGUGGGGCCAAUUCAAUAUUUUCAUCAUUGGAUGGAGAUUCUUACUUGCCGUGUGACGCAUCACAUUUUAUAAGAACACAUGCAACUGUGCCUUUUUUCAGUAAACACUGCGGUACUUUCAAUGCAAGCAUCAUCAAUGUUUAUGCAGAUAUAUGGACAUCAAUGUUUAUGCAGAUAUAUAGACAUCAAUGUUUAUGCAGAUAUAUAGACAUCAAUGUUUAUGCAGAUAUAUAUACAUCAAUGUUUAUGCAGAUAUAUAGACAUCAAUGUUUAUGCAGAUAUAUAGACAUCAAUGUUUAUGCAGAUAUAUAGACAUCAAUGUUUAUGCAGAUAUAUAGACAUCAAUGUUUAUGCAGAUAUAUAGA